AUGCCAUCUCACGUUCAAGUUCAUAACAAAGCCCCCAUUGUUCCAUUGAACAAAUCACGACCCAACGUCUCAAAUAUAGCUCAGGGGUUUAACGAAAUUCCAUUUGUUGCAAAUCACUAUUCAAUGCUCUGCACCUCAUUUCUAGAUGACGAAGAUGACGAAGAAGAAGAUGUUUCUGAAUCAACAAUCAUUCUUGAUCCAGCACAGAAGCUUAAUGCUCUGGAGUGUCAAAUAUCUCCACCAAGCUCUGAAUCCAUAGAACUGUUGAAGUCAAAACCGCCAAUCACCUGCAAUAAUAACAACAAUAACAACAGAAACCUCAGGAGAAACCUCAGGCGAAACAUCGCCCAACGAAUCGAGCUCUACAAAAACGUCCACAAAAACAGCGAGAUGUUUAGAAAAGCUAAUGCUUAUUGCAAAGCUAUGAACAGGAUCAAAUUGGUUGGCAAAAAUGAUAGAAAGCGCAACGGAAAGACCACAAGUAACAACAACAAUUACACUAAAGGACAGGAAAUCGUCGCACUUCAUACAUGUCCUAUUCGCUUUGAAAUACGGAAUUCAUGGAAUAGUAAGAACGUCACCUUAACCUAA